AUGUUCUCAUCGCGUACCUUGGCUAUGACCGCAGUUUGCCAGACGAGGGUUCCUCGCAAUGCGAACAUGGAGAAGCUUCAGAAUGGAUACCUCUUCCCGGAGGUUCUUCUCGCUGCUAUUCUCUGCUUCUGUCUCUGUUUCUCUCUCUCUCUCUCUCGACCCACUGAACGGGAGCUUCCUGUUGUCAUCGUGUUAGAUUGCCAUGAGGCAGCAGGCCUUCAUGAAGAGGCACCCGGAGGCAGAGCUCAUAAGCCUCGGCGUGGGGGACACCACGCAGCCCAUCCCACGCGUCGUCACUGCUGCCAUGGCAGAGGUAUGCGGAAAUCUCUCUCUCUCUCUCUCUCUCUCUCUCUCUCUCUCCCCCUCUCCUUACUCCCUCUCUUCUCUCUCUCUCUCUCUCUCUCCUCCCCCUCUCCCUCCCUCUCUCUCUCUCUCUCUCUCUCUCUCUCUCUCUCUCUCUCUCUCUCUCUCUCUCUCUCUCCCUCCCUCCCUCUCUCUCUCUCUCACACACACACACACACAGCUGGUCCUGUUGAGCCGGGCUUUCUUCAACGGUUUAUUACCGUGACAGAGUCAAACACACAAAUAAACAGAGGACUCCAACGCUCCGCAUGGUUCAUGGAGACCACCUAGAAAUUGGACUACCCACUCCCUUCUUGAGAGAGAGAGAGAGAGAGAGAGAGAGAGAGAGAGAGAGAGAGAGAGAGAGAGAGGAGAGAGAGAGAAGCUCGGUCUCUGUGGAGUUCCUAAUUAUCUGCAGGGAAACUAAAGCGUAGGUUUUCCUAAGUUUGAAUGUUAUAUAUUCCUCCCCAGGUGGUCUCGAGUUGCUGUCCGGUCCAUUACCUAUGAGAGGUUAUCGUCUGUGUCUGUACAUAAUAUCUCUUUAUUUGUCAACACAUACCAUAUUGUACGGUAAUAUAAAUAAAUAAAUACUAUUAGUACAUGUUUUUCAGCGCGCAGGCCAGACGUAAGUGAUACGAGCCACAUGUUUUCCUCCUGGGAGAGCCGUGGGGAGUACUGAUUGAGAGAGAAACCCGCCGAUGUCUUUGUCAUUUUGGUCGUGCGUGGGUUCUAAUCUGGCUCUCUCUCCCUUUCAGACAUGCCACGCUCUCUCGACCUCGGAGGGAUACAGAGGGUAUGGCGCAGAACAAGGAAACGAGGUCCCUCAUCACUCUCUCUUUCUCUCUCUCUCUCUGUCUCUCUGUGUCUCCCUCUAAAGCUUCCCUCGAUUAACAGGAGCUGAGGAAGAGGAUAGCGGAGGUAAUCUACGAAGACAUGGGGAUCAAGCAAACGGACGUCUUCGUCUCGGAUGGGGCGCAGUGCGAUAUUUCACGGAUUCAGGUGGGCUGUCUUCUUCCUCUCGAUGGCCCUACAUCACCAAAACCCGCAUGGUUUUUCUCUCGGUUUUUCCUAAGUUUUCUUCUUCUGUAGAUGAUGAUGGGAUCGAACGUGACGGUAGCGGUGCAAGACCCGACCUUUCCGGUAAGGUGUUCAUCCACUGCCCAUGAUCGAAAUUUAUACUGGAGAAUGACCGAUAAUGAAGGAAAACAUGCAGGCUCGAUCAUUUUCGGAUGGUUAUAGACACAAUUCAGCUGCGCAGUCUUAAGUGGUUUUUCCUCAGUUUGGAGCAAAUAGACUGUUGCUCCGAGUUCCGCCCAGCCUCUUUUACCUCAAGAUCAUUCAUCUAUGGAUUCUAAUGAUCUGAACUGACAUAAUUUAGAAGAAACUUCUUUCGUGAUAACUUUUUUAUUCAACUUGCCCGUGGAUUUGGCAUGUCCUUGUCCAUCGAAGUCUACUGGAAAGCCCCAGGACGAUGAAAACCCAUUCAAGAGGGAGAUGUAGAGUCGCCAUCCGAUGAAAGAUAAGGAUGAUGAUAGAGAUGCGUGAGGGAUAAUCGUGGACUUGGAAUAUUAUCAUUACUUUAUUAUCAUUAUUUUUUAAACACGAGGACAGAUGGGUGAAUCUCGAUUUCCUUCCAGGCCUACGUCGAUUCGGGCGUGAUAAUGGGCCAAUCUACAUCCUUUAAGAAGGAGACGGGUGCGUACGGUAGGAUUGAGUACAUGAGGUGCAGCCCGGAGAACCUCUUCUUCCCGGAUCUCUCCGCCACCCCUCGCACCGACUUGAUCUUCUUCUGCUCUCCGAAUAACCCCACCGGCCACGCCGCCUCAAGGGCGCAGCUGGAGCAGCUUGUCAGCUUCGCCAAGUCCAACGGGUCAAUCAUCAUCUACGACUCCGCCUAUGCCUCCUUCAUAUCCGACAGCAGCCCCAAAUCCAUCUACGAGGUCCCCGGAGCCAAGGAGGUACGUUCCAGACGAAUCCGUAGUCGGUCCAGACUACGACAAAGACGACGACGUUGACGUUCAUGAAUGAUCUCGAUAACCCUGCAGGUCGCCAUCGAGGUCUCCUCCUUCAGCAAGUUUGCGGGUUUUGCGGGGGUUCGACUCGGUUGGACUGUCAUCCCCGAGGAGCUCACCUUCUCCGAUGGUUCCUCCGUGGGGAGAGACUUCGACCGGAUCAUGUGCACCUGCUUCAACGGCGCCUCCAGCAUCGCCCAGGCGGGCGGCAUGGCCUGCCUGUCCCCCCAGGGGCUCAAGGUGCUCUCUUUUUCUGUUGCAGCGGCUCUAUCGCGAGAUUAAUUAACUACACGAGCCCGCUUUUUUCAUCAGCCCUUGCUUACUGAUCUUUUUGAGUCGUUGAACCCUAGGCCAUGAAGAAGGUCAUCAAUGGCUACAAGGGCAACGCGAUGAUGCUGGGGGAGGCGUUCGCUUCGGCUGGGCUGGAGGCCUACGGCGGCAGGAACUCCCCCUACGUGUGGGUUCACUUCCCGGGGAGGAGGUCCUGGGAUGUGUUUGGGGAGAUACUGGAGAAGGCGAAUGUGGUCACCAUACCAGGAACUGGGUUUGGCCCCGGCGGGGAGGGCUUCGUCAGGGUGAGCGGAUUCGGCCGUCGGGAGGCGGUCCAGGAGGCGUGCCGCCGGCUGCGGCGGCUGUUUGGGAGGAGAUCGGUGGUGGUGCGCAAGAGGGACUACAGCGUUGGGGCGACUGAGGAUGCGGCCGCAGCAUCGGCGCCAGUUCUCUUGCCUAGAAUCUGA